AUGGAAAAGAGAACACAUAAAGAAAAUGAUGAACAGAAGGAGGCUAGUACUGAGAUAUUGGAUUCAGUUUCAUCUUCCUUUUCUACAAGAUCAGUUACAUCAACAAGAUAUUUUGAUGCACAGUCAUGGGAAGAACGAAGAGAUAUAGUAGCACUGAGAAUCCCAUCACCAGCUAGUGAAUUAUAUAUUGAUGGUGAAUUUAGCCCAAGUACUCAGAUAAGUUCACCCGUAAGUUAUGUUGAUAUUAGAACUCCACAAAAGGUAGAUUCUACAGCUUGUUGUAGCAAAAGUAUUGAUGGAAUAUAUCAAAAAGAAAUUGCGGAAACUUCUGAGGAUAACAACACACAUUCAGUAUUCUCAACUAGAUUAGUAUAUUUAUUGAUAUCAGUAGCUGCUGCAUUUAUAUUGGUAAUGGGAAUAUUAGGAACUUUAUUCUUCUUUGCAACAUUACCAUAUAUUAAUGGUAAUUUUUUAGAAAAUUUGGAUAUUCAAUUGGAAGGUAUGAUUAUUAAAGUAGUCCCUGAAGAAGGAUUCCAAAAAGCAGAAACCAGUGAAAUAGUAUCUAUAACUAUGCCACCACUAAAGGAAAAUACUUUCGAAAAUACAGACGUACGCCUAUUACUAGAGGGUGCAAAUAUUGAGUGGAAUUCUCUAGUUGCUGCUGUAAUAACGAAACCACAAUCAUUGGAAAUAUCACAAGCUAGUCAAAUAAAAGCAAUUAUUGAGACAAAAUCAAAUGAUACUCAUAUUGCAGGUUUAAGUGGUAUAAUCCAUGAUAUAUUAAGCCAAGGAUAUGCUAAAUUGACCUUGAAUGCAUUUGUUCAUCGUUCAUCUUAUUUUUUAUAUUCCAAUAGUAUAGAUCCAGUCUCUAAAGAAUUAUUUUUAUCAAUGUCUCUUCGCCAAUUAAUUACUAAUAUCCAAUUAACUGAUUUAAUUCUGGAAAAAGAUGUAAAUAAUGAUGAUACCACUUUAACAUUCAUGUCUAAUGCAUCUUAUGAUUAUAAGGGAAUAGUUAUAAUUAACACCUUAGGAAAAAUCUUCUGUGGAAUUUUUCAUGAUGGUAAUUAUUUGGGAGUAGUUAGAAUUGAAGAUUCUUCACUUGUUCCUGGAGAAAAGACAAAUCUAAAAAUAUUUGGUACUUUAAAUACUCAGAAUUUUAUAAAUGAUGCUAUAUUAGUAAGUAGUAUGAAACCAUCCUUGGACUUUGGGAUAAAUAAAACUCCUUCAAGAUCAGUAAAACUUUUGAAUUUACAUGUAGAAGGAGUUGGAAGUUCAUCUAUUAUAAUGGAUUCUCCGAUUAGACUUACAAGGUCAAAUGUGAAUCUUGCUAUACUUCCUCCGCAGCCACUAAGGCAAGUACCAAACCCAAUAGUCGUAAUAGAAUCAAUAGCUAUAACAGAAAAUAAUACUGUAACUAUAAAAGGAGUAUUACGUACCACAUUCUAUGGAUAUUUAAGUAGUAGUAAUCAAACUCCUAAUAUUGAACAUGCUCUAAUUCAAGGUCUUUUGCAUAAUAAUAAUAAGGUAUUUGGACAGUUUACAAUAGUUACAGCUAAUUCAGAUGAUAAUGAUAUUCAAUAUAUCAAACUACAAAUGACUGAUUUUGCAACAGUAUCGUCAUCUAUUCCAACAACAUCAUCAGAAAAUAUAAAUUCUGAUUCUAAUAGGCAAGAAGAAAUAGCAAAUGAUGGAGUUCCAUAUCAUGCCAUCACGAUUUCACCUUAUAUUGAUUAUAUAGAUAUUAAUGUAGUAGUUAAAUUUUCUGGUUUAAAGCAAUUAGAUAUUACUGAUAUUUUCAGUGACAAACAGAAUAAUAAUUUAGAUGUUACUGACAUUAAUAUUUAUACUAGUUGGAAUUUCCUGUCACAAAAACAAAAAGAUCAAUAUUUUAUGGAUAAGGCCAGUAUUAGUUUUGAAAUUUUUAAUUUUGUACCGAUACUUAUGGAAUAUCAAAUUGUAGGAAGUAGUAUUCAAGCUGUUAUUUCUCUACACUUAGAGUAUACGGAUGGAUUUCAAAACUCUAGUAAUAUGUCUUAUAGUGGUCCAUUAACUAUAUAUUGGAUAUGCAAUAGUAUACAUGUAACCGAUUUUGUUUUGGAUAACGUUGAUGUAACUGGGGAAGCUACAAAAUAUUUGCUAGCUUCAAAUAAAUUAAUUCCAGAUAUUUGCACAAUGGAAAAUUCCAAGUUAAUAGCUAAAAUAACUAAGAAAGAAUAA